UGAUGCCACUUCCUUCACCCCAUUUCAAGAAAUCAAUGGCCGCGUUAGCGCCUGCCCAGUGAAAGCUCCUAUAGUUAUAGCGAUUAUGGGCAGUUUAUUGCAGUUUAUGAGGUUGGUGGGGCAGCUGAAGAGAGUACCACGGACAGGGUGGGUAUACAGAAACGUGGCGAAUCCAGAGAGUGUCUCAGAUCAUAUGUACAGGAUGGCUGUCAUGGCUAUGGUAACAGAUGAUAAGUCACUUAAUAAAGACAGAUGCAUACGGUUAGCUCUGGUUCAUGAUAUGGCUGAAUGCAUAGUUGGUGACAUUGCCCCUGCUGACAAUGUGUCCAAAGAGGAGAAACACAGGCGAGAAGAGGAAGCUAUGAAACAUUUGACCCAGUUGCUGUCAGAGGAACUGAAGAAAGAAAUUUAUGAACUGUGGGAAGAGUAUGAACACCAGUCUAGUGCAGAAGCAAGAUUUGUAAAAGAGCUGGACCAAUGUGAGAUGAUACUUCAAGCCCUGGAGUAUGAAGAGUUAGAGGAAAAACCUGGAAGACUCCAAGACUUUUAUGAUUCAACAGCAGGAAAAUUUUGUCACCCAGAAAUAGUCCAGCUUGUGUCUUCCAUAAAGAAAGAAAGAAAUACAAAAAUAAGUGCAGCAAACAAAGAUCGUCCAUCUUAAGUCAUCUUUGAAAUGUUUACAGCUGUAUCUAAAAUAUGUUAUGGUUUCUUUAUUGUAUGGUUUUACAGUAUACUACCACCUGAAGACUAUUUGUUUAUCAAAUGCAUUGUAGAAAACUGUAAUAAGGCUAUAAAAGUAGUGUUAUAGAAGUCAGUUGUGCCCUCUGCACUGUUCAAUAAUGUAUGACCAAACAAAUAGGAUUGUGUUUGUUUCCAGUUUAGGCUCACUGUACAUGCAAAAAGAGUAUGUGAGAAAGACAGUUAUGCUUUGCUGCACCUCCUAAAAAGUCAAACAAGUUCAGACAUGACAACCAAAACCAUCAUCAUCAAAACCUGAUCUAGUUGUUCUUCAUGUGGGCCACUUUAUUGAAACACUUAUUACUACAAUACCAAAAAAAAGGCUCCAGAAAUCUAUAGCAAUACCCACCUUUCUCGACUGAAACACAGCAAAUGUAGAAUAAAAUAAAGGAGAGGGAUAUAGAAAAAUGAGACAAGCUCUAUCCAUCCCACCCAGGUUCAAUUUAUGGGCAUAAAAUCAGUCUAGAAAAAUCCUUAAGAGUUCAGACCAUAUUCCACUGAACUCAGUAUGAGCAUCACACCUUUCAAUAUUAGAGACUUAGUGAUUGUGACUGCUUGCAAAAUCUAGUGUUUUACUUGAUAUUCCAAAGUUAGGAACAGAAAACUUGAAAGUUGUCAAGAGCAUAGUUAGUUCACUUUUGUACUUCAGUGAAACUAGUAGAUUUACACAAUGUUUAGUUUAAUUUUUUCUUGUUAGGGCUCCUUUUUGUGGAUUGUCCUGAGAUGCAGCUGAGGCUUUCUGCCGGAGGAAGGACACCUUCCACACUGUUCCAGAUGGUCUCCCAAUACUCUGGAGCAGCAACAAAAGGAAAAUGUUACCCCCCCUUCCUCCAGCAGGAGCAUCCCAUGCCUGGAGUUAUACUCACAGCCACUCUGUUUUAAUCAUAUAAACAAUCCCAGCUCAUUCUUAAAUAUGAAGCUGCACAGACAAUUCUAAACUGAGAUCCACACCCAAAUACAAAAAGUCCCCUUAUUGUGGAAGCUAGAAAAAGAAGUCAUCACAUUUUUUAACUGAACAGUAGCUUUUACUCUGGGUCUCUCACACCAUGUAGCCUUUGAUGGUGAAGAAAUAGAAGUGUAUAUACUCCUUGACUAGAGGAAAAGCAGACAGUUUAUUGUUUCUAAUAAAAAGCAGAUACAAACGAGAGAA